UCCAACGGCUUAUGGACAUCGUGCUGGGGGACGCGAAGUUCAACUUUGCCAUGGCAUACAUGGAUGAUGUCGUCGUAUUUUCAAGGUCAUUCGAGGAGCACCUAGCACACCUUGAGAUUAUCUUAAGCAGAAUGAGCAAAGCGGGAUUAACGAUUAAUCCAAAAAAGGUCCAGCUCGCAGCCUCAAGGGUCAACCUCUUGGGUUUCGUCGUAGAUGACGGUACCUUGAGGCCGAACGAGGAUAAGUUGAGGGCCAUUCUUGAUUACCCACCACCGCGCGACGCGAAGAGCCUUCAAAGGUUCCUUGGAAUGGUCGGUUUUUAUCGGCAGUUCAUUCCAGGGUGCGCUGGACUCACACGGCCACUGAACCUGCUGCUCCACAAAGGUUCAAGAUGGGCCUGGGGCGGAGAACAAGAGAAAUGCCCCCCGGAGGAACCAGAAUGGGCGGCGCCAUCCGGGAAGGCGACCUUCCACUUCCCGGGAUACCGGCGGAGCCAGCUGGCCCAACUCCCAGGGUGGUCAACCCUUCCGGCAGAAGACCAGUCAGACCAACGCACCGGGUGGCCAACCCGUUCGGCAAGAGAAUGGCCAGACAAGCCGACAGGGUGGUCAACCCCGUUGGAAGGGGGAACGGCCAGACCAACCAACAGGGUGGUCAACCCGGUUAGCAAGGAGCAAGACGGACCAACCGUCAGGGUGGUCAACCUGGUUGGCAGAGACGGGGUGAGCAAUCCCGACGUCGACCACGUCAACGAAGGCAGGGCGGCGGAGACGCGGAGGACCGGAGAGUCCCAGGGACACGCUGAAGGACGAGGUGCUGAAGAUUAUGACGGUGCAGAAGCAGACGCGUGCCGGCCAGCGCACCCGCCUCAAGGCCUUUGCGGCCAUUGGGGACUUCAACGGCCAGUGCUCCAAGAGCUCCAAAGAGGUGCCAGUCCUGCCAAGUGCUCCAAAGAGGUGGCCACGGCCAUCCUUCAAGCCAUCAUCCUGGCCUAGCUGUGCGUCAUCCCCGUCCGUAACGGCUAUUGGGGAAACAAGAGUGGAAAGCGCCACACCGUGCCCUGCAAGUGCCCAAGAAGCUGCUGCACAUGGCGGGCAUCGAGGUCUGCUACACCUCGGCCCGCGUCUCGACGGCCACGCUGGGCAACUUUGCCGAGACCACCUACCUGGCCAUCCAGCAGACGUACAGCUACCUGACCCCGGACCUGUUGCGGGAGCGAGAGCUCAUCAAGCUCCCCCACCAGGAGUUCAUCUUGGAGUCCAGUGACUCGGUCCAGGGACUCCGGAUACUCCGGACCCCCCCGGAGUUUGAGGCUUGAGGGGAGGGGAGUGUGGGAGACAACGAGCCACGCUGAACGUGGAUGGACGGCCCCGUGAGCGGCGAGGAAGAGGAGAAAGGGACGCUCGUGGGAG